AUGUCAGGAAGCUACAUUUACAGCGGCUCCGCAGCGUCCUUCCACGACUGGGAGUUUCGCACACGUGCCCGUGUCUCCCAGCAUCGUGAGAGGCAGCGUCGAGAGGUCUUGAAAGACCUUCGUUCCAGCCACCAACUCAGCCGUUCUGCAUCCCCACGAAAGUGGGUAGGUGGUGGCAUAAGAUCCCCGGACCGUCACACAGGUGAUGAGAGCAGUGGAAUGGCAGCCAGUCCUUCAAGUGCCCCAGGACGCCGGCGCGGCCGCCAGGCCGGUGCGGAGUCCAUGUCGUCAGGAGACGGUGGCGAAGAAGAGCAACAGCCACAAGAUUAUGAGGUUGAGGACGACGGGCAAGCUUCGGUAGAGACUGAGCCUGUUCCCACACUCGCUUCGGUCCGCGAUAGUGAUCUUGACAUGUCUGAUGCAGUUCAGAAGACGCUGGAAGGCCUCCGUGGCGACGCCUUUCUUAUCGCCCGAGACAUAGGUCUCGAGAGGUUGUUGAAGCACGACGGCAUUGAUCUCCUCAUUCAGAAGGUCAAAGACCAAGCAUUUCCCUUGCAGGGGGAAGAGGCAUCGGAAUUGUUCAGGCAAGGCCAGUUGCUGACAGGUCCCUUGUCUAAACAAUCAGGGGAGCCGAUGUUGUCUUACAUUUCCCGGCGAAAGCGCUGGUGGGUUACCCUAAGGGAAUUGGACCCAGAAGUCAGGUUGUCAGAAGCCAUGCGUGCCAAUCUCCUCGUGGAACUGUCUGGUUUGUCGCGCCAAGAGCAGCUCAUGGUGCGCACCGCAGCACAAGCCGAGACAGUAGAUGAGUAUGCGCGCGUGCUGAUCAAGCAUCAUAGUGUUGUGCAUAUGCGUGAACGCUUGCUCGUUGAGAAAGACAAGCCUGCCGCUAGAACAUGGUCCAAGCCCCGGUGGGAGAAUACCUCAUUUCAGCAGAAGCCUCGGUACGGUUACAUGACACAAGGUUUCGUGGAGGAUGAUGAGUGUGAGUACCAAGAGCCAGAAAGUCAGGCCUAUGUAGCCGAGGAGCAUGAGGUCGAGGAAGACGAAGGCGAAUGGGUUGAUGACAGUGCAUUAGCCUUGGCUCUCAACGCAUAUACAGCUAUGCAGACAGAGCUUGGAGGCGAGCCAGGCGAGGAGCACGCCGAAGCAUUGCAGCUGGCAUACGCAGCCCAAACCACACUUGCCAAUGUGAAGGGUAACAAAGGUAAGGGUUUUGGUAAGUCUGGCGGUAAGAAGGGUGGUAAGGUCCCUCCUUCCAAUCUUUCUAUCGCCGACAGGAAAGCCAAACUUGCCGAGCUGAAGGCUCGCAGCCGAUGCUUGCGAUGCGGCGCAAUCGGUCAUUGGGCCGGUGACGCUGAGUGCAGGUUUAAGGGUAGUCCCGGAGGUCCUAAGGGUGCCAGUAAGGGUGGUCCAGGUGCAGAGAAGUCCGCCUCACCCGGGAAGCCCGGGAUGGCAUCCUCCUCACAAGCCUACCUUGCCGCACUGAGUGACGCAUCGGACGAUGAGACCCCUGCCAUUCACCUUUCCAACACUUCAAGAGACAUGGAGGGCUAUCCCGCUGAAAGGAGCGGAGGACCCUCAGAGCGUCCUCGUGUUCGCAGAUCGGAAGCCACUGCCAUGCGUGACAGCCCACCGCCAGGAUCUGACACCUUGUUCACUUUCGGUCAUCACAAAGGCCUGACGUAUGAACGAGUGCUACACACCUAUCCUGGGUAUGUCCUUUGGGGUCAAACACAGAAGUGCCCUUCUAAGUGUUUGGGUGAUUUCCUGAACUGGGUGCAUGAGCAUUAUGUGGUAGAUGACACGGACCCCAUAGAAGUGCGUAGAAGAGACAUUCCUCUUAGUACGAUGAUGCCCCCAACUCCCGUUGCUGACCGCGCAGCCAACGCUGAAGGCACCGCCUCAUCCAGUACCGGUUUCCGGCCCAAGUGCAGGGGUGGUUGUAAGACCUUUAGCAAGACAGGGAGCAAUUCGUACAUAGACAUGCGCACAUGCAAGUCCUGUGGUACGGUAACCAAGACUCGCAAAGAACAGGUUCAGGUCGACCCUACCACAUGCACGCAUGCCCAGGUAGAUCGUUCAGGUUCCAGCAAGACAACCAGCCGAAUCAAGUGCAAGCUUUGUGGCAUGAUCCUAGAUGAACUGCCCCAAGAAGAGAAGAAAGCUAGGGACGCAGCCGCAGCACAGCUGCGAGACACGAACACCCUAGACUUCGACAUGAUGCGCUCUAUAGUGGGCAGAACGGGGGAUCGAGUGCCUGUAGAAGUGGUCGUACCAGCCCUUGAACAGUUCAAGGAGGCAGUUGAGGGUCACUUCGUCACCGAAUCUUCGAUAACGAGGGGAGACUUGUUUGCCUACCUCCAAGAGGCUCUGGACGAUCAUGCGGAUGAUACGAGCCCCACGAGCGCGAGUUGGGAGAUGGCUUCAUCGGGAAGAAGGCCCGGUACAGCAAUGGUUGCCAUGCUUGCCGGACCACGCGAGGGAGUCACAGACACGAACCCCAGUUUGAGCAAACUCCCCGUGGUUAACAUUCGCACAUCCCCACAUGUUUUCGCAGUUCUAGAUGAAGGGUGUAACUCAACGGUUCAUGGCGAGGAUUGGGGUCACGAGAGCAUGUCCAAGUAUGCGAGCUUUGGGUAUUCCACGAGGUUUGUGAAGGAGACUUCCAAGACCUUCAAGGGUUUGAGUGGUUCCACUUCCACGCUUGGGACCCGAACCUUUCCUUUCUGCCUUUUGCCCUUGGAUUCAGUUGAGGGCGAGGAGGCGAGGCCUCAGCAGCUGAAUUCCGAGACCUUCCCCACCGAGGGAGGAGACAAUCCCAAGCACGCCGCGGACAUUUUUACCUUCGGCUACAACUUCGAGGAGGCCGUUGAUAAGAUCCGCAACGCUUGGGAGCCACAGCAAUUCGCUGACAUGUUCAGUGAGAUGCGCUCGGCAGAGGCUACCCUUGAACUCGGAGGCGCAUUCGUCGGCAUCUUCUUUGACCUGACAUACUUGCCGAAUGCCAGGAGUUUGGAUCCUGAGCUCGCAGGUUGCAAGCGAGAUACAAGCCUCCGAGAUCAUGUGGGUUCCCACCCUUCUAUAAUGAAGGCGAUAGCUGCAGACCCUGGAUUCCUGCAACAUUGCAGAGCCAUUCGUUCCAAGGUGAAGAAGUCAAUGGAGCAGGGCUACCAGGCGAUGAACAUUAGCGUUGUCUGCAAACAAAACCGGCACCGUUCCGUGGCAGGAGGUAUCCUCAUUGAGCACAUGCUGCUUCGCGUUGAAGGACUCCAUGUUUCCAUGCAGCAUUGCAACAGCGAACAGUCCUGGCCGCUCAUGGGUGGAUCUUGCCGCGGGCAUUGCAGCUGGUGCAACCAUCGCACAGACGAUGCGAAGGCGGCCUACGAGCAGGUGUUGGCCGACUUCAUCAAGUAUCUGGAAGGCGAUGUCAAGGAGAGCACCACAUGCAUUUUGCACUGCGAGUCAGAGCCUGAAAGAGCCCCGGGCACAGCUCCGGAGGAAGUUACUGAUCUGGACGCAGACGAUGAGGUGGAAGAGGUCCCAUCAGAUCCGCUGGAAGUAGCGCCUGGAGAGGGAGAGUCAGCAUCGCAGGCCGCUACUCGAUUGGGGCUUCGUGGCAAGCAGCACACCUCCUACGUGGCGAAGUGGGACCCAAGCUCCCUGACAGGGAGGCUUCAUCAGCAAGCGGGCUCAGGUGUGUUCACUGCCACCUCAAGUCAUCUGCCAGUUCAGGCCCAGGUACAAACCCUGGAGAGAAAGCUAGCGCUGCGCGACAAGGAAGUCGAGUCACUUCGAAGCAAGCUCCGGGACGUCGAGCGGGACAAGCAGGAGGCGGAACGGAGAGCGAAGCGUGCAGAACAGCUCCUGCAAGAUGCCCUUGCCCAGUUUGGUGGUCGUUCCCGCUCCCGACAUCGACACCAUGACCGAAGGGCAAGGAGCAGUUCAAGUGACUCCCGGAGAAAGGUCCGGAGGGAGAGGUCAAGCCACCACGAUGAUCACAGAGCGCAGUCUUCCCGCCGAGAGUCGUCUUCUUAUCGUGAUCGUGACCGUGAUCAGUGGCACCCCAGCAGCAGCUACCGCGACACCGCUCGCGAGACCUCCUCAUACGACCAGAACCAGUGGGAUGCUUGGGAUGAUGAGUGGUCCCGAGCUGGCGAUUGGGGUCACCAGGCUCCGCCCGAGCCACCCAAGCCACCUGUGAGACGAUGGACCCCACAUUUGGAGGCGCGUGCCAACAGGGCCGCCGACGAGGAGUUCUGGCAGAGGCGCUUUGAGGAGAAUCGACCCCUGGACAGGCGGGAGCUGAAGAACUACUUCCAUGAUCCGGCGGCUGACAACUCUAACGCCGCCUGGGCGCAGUGGAGGAAGAGUCAGGGCCCCGCACCGCCGGGAGAGGGCAAACGCAUCAAGUUGGAUCCGGCAAUCCUCGCUUUGGAUCUUACGGAGAUUCCAACUUCGGACGACGCCAGCCUUUCGUGGAACAGGCGAGUCCUGGUCGACCUGCUCCCGGACCAGGUGAUGCACGAGUUCUGCGGCCUUCUGUAUGGACGUCCGAGUCCGGCGUUGUGGAUUGGCCCUUACAUGCCCAAAUCCUUCUCCACACAGGAUCAGGAGCACACCGACAAGUCCGAGCGCCACAACUUCAAGGUGACUGCCGUGACCCCUCACACGAGGGAGGGAUACAAGCCUUGUGGGAGUGUCAAAGGCCCUACACCGAUCGGGUGGCUGUUUCUCAACGACAACCCGAAGAACAAGGGCGGCGUGUGGAUCCCACAGGGGACGGUGUGUCCUCCCGGUCACAGUACCGAGGAUGUUUGCGGUGAAUUCAAGGCCGAGCAAGUGUGCCCAACCGAGCCUCCGCCAAGUGGAGGUGCGUACCUUGUGCUUUGGUUGUAUCCAAAGGCCUUUGCACCGGACACAGUUCCGAAGACCCUUGCAGACCGCGAUGAGCUGAGCGCAUAUAUGGCGUCAUUGCAGGGGGUUAAUGACUUAGGGGAGUUCAAGCAGGUAAGGUUCGAUGUUGAGGAUUCCGACGAUGAGUUUGAGCUAAUCCCUGCACAUGAUGGUCCCAGAGCAAUUACCCGUGACACUGCACACUCACUGCCCAAACUCAGCAACAGACAGAGGAAGAGGGUGCUUAGUGGGAUUCAGGAAAUGGUUGCGGGAGAUCGUGUGUUGCAAGCGAUUGCAUUCAAUGCAGCAGUGGCUACGGAUCACAUGAUUGCCUUCACCCCCACUGAGCCUCCUAUUUCACACUGCAAAUGGGUACCCGAAUCCCUUGACGCGCAGGUGAUCAGCGAGACCAUUGCCAACCUGGAGACAGGUGUGCCCGGUCUCAUAGUUCUGAGGGUCGACGCUCCCACCGAGGAGUUGUGUUUAGAGUGUGAGUGCCUAGCUGACACAGCUGGAGUGAGCAUUGUCCUGGUGAGUCCCUAUGGAUGCCCAACACUCGAAAGUACUGUCGAGGUAAGAGGAGACUUGAGUGUUUCCGGGAUAGGGCCGAACAUCGACGAUGCACUCCAGGUCUUGUCCACAUGGACCGAGAGUUAUGGCAUGAGCCCCCGUUGCUAUGCAGACACGGAAGAACAUGAUUUCUGGGCCACAUGUCGUGACAUUUCACAGGAGCUUUACCUGAACUCUUACACACGCAAUUGCUUUGUAGGAUCGGAAGGUCUAGGUUCCGACAUGGAAGAUCAGGUACUCCGGCAUCGGAGGAAGAACGCAGAGCAGCUUGGCGUUCGUAAAGUCCUGGAGCAGGUCCUUAGGCAGAGCAAGGCAUCCAAGGAGUUCAUCCUAGAUGUCGAUGGUACCCGCUACACUGCAGUCAACAUGGUCGACAUGGGAACCAGCUUCCAGCAAGAGAUUCAGCCCUCGACUUGGGAGGAUAUGGUCAUGGUGGUCAGUGAAUGUGUGACUACAAAGAAUGACCUGUCCAGACAUCAAGGUUUCAGCCCAUCACAGCAUGUGCUAGGCAAGCGGCCUAGGACACCAGGUUCAGUCAUGGACGAAGAUGAGAGCAUGGGAACUUUGUUGGCCCGUUUCGAUGAAACCACUCCUUUCUACUCCCGACAUAGAGCCCGGGAAGAAGCCCGCAAAGCCUUCGUGCACUUGGACUCGUCCAGGAAGGUUGCUCGUGCACUGCAAAGGAAUGCAGCUCCCAUGGACAUGGAGUACCAGGUGGGCGAUUUGGUCAUUUAUCGAAGGGACAAUUUGCCCGGUUCAACAUCCACUGUGUGGUCAACUGCAAGCCGCGUGAUAGGGCGCGAGGCGGAGAAUGCGUACUGGUUGCUGCAUGAGGGUGUACCUGUGUUAGUCAAUGCCAGAAAGAUGAGGCCUGCGGAUGAGGUCGAAGUAGCUGCACGCCGAGUUCUGACCGGAGAACCCGUUCUGCCAGGUUCCAUUGUCCACGGUCCAGAGCAACGUUAUCUCGACGAAAGAGAUAAGGAUCCAGUAACAGCGCCUUCUACCCCCAGACCGAACACUGGCAUAGCGUCGGCUCCCUCUACUCCCAUGAGAGUCGCAGCGGCCGAAAGUCCCGCCAUCACAAGCAAAGAGAUUUCGCCCAGUGAUAAGACGGGCAGGGAAAGAACUCGUUCCCCGCUCAGGCAGAGCUCUAGCGCUCUGAUGGCUGAGGCACAGGACACCGAUCCUGUAGAAGCAAAGGCAAGCGAGCUCCUGGAAGCAAUGGCCUUCGAAACGCACCACUGUGAGAAGGCAGGCUACACCGAGUUCACUUGGAAUGGGAUCCAAGUAAGCGAAUCGCGGGCAAGUUUGCACAAAGACAACUCCAAUUUGAAGGGCUCGCUCAAUUUCACCAUGAGUUUGGGAAAUUAUUCGAAAGGAGGUCACCUGUGGAUAGAAAACCCUGAGGGAAACACAGUGAUUGACGUUUGUGGCAACCUUGUUCCCGGGACUCUACACACCACUCGAGGCAAAGUCCUUCGUUUUGAUCCAAAGAAACUCCAUAUGGUGGAACCCCAUGAAGGGCAGAGAUUCAGCAUCAUUGGGUUCACUAUGAAUCACUUGGGAAAGUUGCGCGCAGAUGAACACCAGAUGAUGGAAGACUUGGAAUUCCCACAACCGCGUAUUCCAUCACCCCAAGUAGAGCAGCCCCGUCAGGAGGAGCACUCCUCAGACGACGAGGAAGUCGGAACAGGUUUCCUAGCCUCACUUUUGGACUACCACAACAGCCCGGCCGAGGUGCAGUUAGGGUUGGACGAGGCUAUGCUCGCAGAGUGGGCCAAGUACCAGGAAUUCCACGCUGUGAUACCUUGCUCAAAGAAGCAAGUGCAAGAGUUGCUUAGCCAAGGACACAUCUGCGUGCCCACCAAGUGGGUCCUCACCGACAAACAUGAACAUUUGAAAGGCACCCCCGGCUAUCGUCCCAAAUACAAAGCUAGGCUAGUCGCAUGCGGGAAUUUCGAGCACAUCUCCACAGGGGAGGACAUUCGUGCAGAUUCCCCGACAGCCGAGCCUGAAGCACUGGCUUUCAUUUGUUCCUGGGCAUCGUCCCUCGGCUUGCGAAUCAAGGCAGCCGAUAUCACAAACGCCUACUGCUCGAGAGAUUGCUGA